AUGCCUGAGCCUGCAAAGUUCGCGCCGCCUCCCAAGAAGGGCUCCAAGAAAGCCUUCACCAAAGCCCAGAAGAAAGACGGCAAGAAGCGCAAGCGCAGCCGCAAGGAGAGCUACUCCAUCUACGUGUACAAGGUGCUGAAGCAGGUCCACCCCGACACCGGCAUCUGGUGCAAGGCCAUGGGCAUCAUGAACUCCUUCCUCAACGACAUCUUCGAGCGCAUCGCGGGAGAGGCGUCCCGCCUGGCGCACUACAACAAGCGCUCCACCAUCACGUCGGAGAUCCAGACGGCCGUGCGCCUGCUGCUGCCCGGCGAGCUGGCCAAGCACGCCGUGUCCGAGGGCACCAAGGCGGUCACCAAGUACGCCAGCUCCAAGUGA